AUGUUCACCCGUGGAUCCACAGAUCCCUCACAAUUUCAAUUAAAAUACCUACGAGUAACCGUUCGCCCGCAUCACAACUGCCGCACCACCACCACCCGGCAGACGCAACUGAAACUUGCAAGGGAGACACGUCUCCCGGGGACCGAAACUUGCCGGGGGGGAGGGGGGAGAGGCAGCGGGUCUCCCCUCCCCCGGAAUCUGGCCGGCCCCCGCUCCUUCCACGAGUCCCCUUCACUGGUCGACAGGUCCCCCUCCCGCGCCGUCCCAGCCAGAUCCUGCCCGCACGCCCCCCGGCGCCCCUCGCCCGGCGCCCGCCGACCUGCCAAUCACACCCGCAGCACCCAGCCGUCGGGGCUCCAGGGGGCGGGGGCCGAGCGGCCGCGCGCGUUUCCGGAGCCGGCCCCCUCGAGGGCGGGGGCCGGGAGCGCCGCUCGUCCACCUACCCCGGGGCCGCGAAUGGCGGCGUCCGCCUCCCCGGGGCCACCUCCGUGUCCGUGCCCGGGGGAAGCCCGCCGAGCUCAGCCGCCACCAGCCCCUCGCAGUGGGAAAGGGGAAAAUGAACUUACCUCCGAACGGUCCCGUCGACGGAGGCUGAGGGCGGGGGGUCCCGGGGGGCCGAGCAGGUCCCGGCGCAGCGGCGGCGGCUACCGCAGUGCCCUCCGCCCCAUUGUUUCCCUUCCGAGAGGAUCCCGGCAAAGCCGAGCCCGGGAACCAGGAAGUUCCCCGGCGCGACACCUCCUGCCGCCGCUAUGGAAACGGCCCCCCGCCUCCCAGAGCGGCUCGCCCGGGACCCCGCCUCCGAGCCGCCGGCCCCGCCCGCCUCACGGGCCGCCGCCAACCGUCGCCGCUGCGGCCGCAGCCGCCGCCAUCUUGGCGCGGCCCGGGCGGCCCCUUCCCGGCGGCACGUGCGCGCCGCUCCCGCGUGUUCCCGCCGGCCGCGGGGGCGCGCUGCCAGGGCCGCAGGGUGCUGGCGCCGCUCCCCGGGAAGGAGCAGCCCCCGGGACCCCGAGGGAGGGAGAGAGACAGAGAGGGCCCAGAAGGGACUGGAGAGCUAGGACCUGGAGCGGGGCUUCGAGUAAUUGCACGAAAACGACAGGCUUCAGCUGGUGUCCACUGGCAGGUCGAGGAAUGGCUGAGACCAGGGGUGAGGUCAGCAGAGCAGUGGCCGAGAGCCAUGGGCUCUGCAGCCAGAUUGCCUCGUGUUUCGUUUCUGGCUCUACAACCCACCAGCUGUCAGAGCUUGGACACUUUAAUUUUCUGUAUGCCUCAGUUUCUUUAUCUGUAAAGUGGCAUUUUAAUACUUGCUUCAUAGGGUUGUUAGCUGGAAGCAAGUGCAUAGUAUUGAUACUUCGGUAA